AUGUUCGAUUCCUUUUCCCUUCCUGACACAUUCACCUGGAACACCAUGAUGCGUACUUACUUGAAUGCUCAAAAGCCUGCAGAAUCUCUUGCCCUUUACUUCCAAAUGCGCUUCCACGACGACCUUCCACUCGAUAGUUUCAGCCUCUCGCUGGUUCUUCAAGCAUGUGGGAGGUUAAUGGAUUGUGAUAAUGGCAUGAUGAUUCACGCCUAUGUGGUGAAACUUGGGUUUUGCCGUGAUUUGUUUGUCCAAACUGCGCUUAUUGAAAUGUAUGCAAGAUGUGGUUGCACAGAGUAUGCAGCUAAGGUGUUUGAUUUUAUGGAAGAACCAGAUUUAGUUGCUCACAAUGUUCUACUGUCAGAGUACGUUAAAAUUCGAGAUAUUCAAAAGGCCCGUGAACUGUUUGACAGAAUGCCCCAGAGAGAUUUGGUUUCAUGGAACACCAUUAUUCAUGGGUAUGCCUCAUUUGGCGAUGCGUUGGACAUUGCCAACCAGUGA